AAGACGGAGUGGCGGAGAAAACGCACACAAGUGCAGAGAGACGGGGAGAAGAAGGAGGAGAGGAAGAGCCCGGUCCCUGACAGGGGGCCACGGUGAAGACCCAGUUUGUUUUUUUGUCAGAGAGAUAAGAAACAGCUCGAAGCGCCUCCUCAGAGCAGCUGAAGAGUGGACGAAACUCUAACCGGCUGGCUAACGCUAGUUAUCGUUGUUAGUUCGGUGCCGGUUGAAGCCUCAGCCAAGUCCAGCCCGAGUCCCGUUUACCGCCGAAGAGACUUUUUUUUCCACCGAGCGGCACUCUUUCCCUCCCUCUCAUCCCUACAAUGCUGCCUGGCGUCUUCUUUCUCUCCUGGCUCGUUGGUUUCGGAUUGGGUGCUAUGCUGGUGCAGCAGCCUCAUGAUGUGGUAGUGGUAGCGGGGCAGCCUGUGACUCUACCCUGCGCCAUCACUGGUUACCAUGGCAUGGUGCUGUGGGUGAAGGACGGUCUUGCUCUGGGAGUAAACAGAGAUCUGUCAGGCUAUCCACGCUAUGACGUGAUUGGGGACCACAGUAAAGGGGAGUACCACCUUCUGAUCCAGCGGACCGAACUGGCUGAUGACGGAAGCUUCGAGUGUCAGGGCAUCCAAGCUGCCAUCAGGUCACGACCUGCUCGUCUGACCGUUCUAGUUCCUCCUGACGACCCAGUGAUCAUCGGAGCCCCCGUAGUGAGUCUGAGGGCGGGCGAUCCACUGAACCUGACCUGCCACGCAGACAACGCCAAACCGGCCGCCUCCAUUAUCUGGAUCCGCAAUGGAGAAGUCCUCAACGGAGCCAUGUACUCAAAGACCCUGUUACGGGAUGGCCAGAGGGAGAGUACGGUCAGCACGCUGUACAUCUCACCAUCCAACAUCGAGAGCGGUCAGCGCAUCACCUGCCGCGCCUCCAACAAAGCAGCGCCCAACGGCAAAGAGGCCACCGUCACCAUCGACAUCCAGCAUCUGCCUCUGGUGAACCUCUCGGUGGAGCCUCAGCCGAUCCUGGAAGGAAAUCUGGUCAAAUUCCACUGCUCAGCCAAGGCCAACCCACCGGUCACUCACUACAGGUGGGCGAAAGGCAGCAGCAUGAUCAGAGACGUGCUGGGAGACAGCUACGAGGUGGUGGUGGACCACUCCUUCUUCACCGAGCCCGUCUCCUGCGAGGUGACCAACGCUCUGGGCAGCACCAACAUCAGCCGCAACGUGGACGUCUACUUUGGACCUCGCCUGGCGGCUGAACCGCAGUCGCUGCAGGUGGAUUUGGGCUCUGAUGCUGUCUUCAACUGUGCGUGGACGGGAAAUCCCUCCCUGACCAUUGUGUGGAUGAAACGGGGACACGGAGUGGUGCUUAGCAACGAGAACACCCUGACCCUAAAAGCAGUAAAACAGGAGGAUGCUGGGAAAUAUGUGUGUCGAGCCGUGGUUCCUCGAGUUGGAGUCGGGGAGAAGGAAGUGACCCUCACAGUGAACGGCCCUCCCACUAUCUCCAGCACCCAGACCCAGCAGGCUCUGUACGGCGAGAAGGGCCAGAUCAAGUGCUUCAUCCGCAGCACCCCUCCUCCAGAUCGCAUUGCCUGGUCCUGGAAGGAAACAGUGCUGGAGUCGGGAACGUCAGGGAGGUACACUGUGGAGACGGUCAGCACAGAAGAAGGGGUCAUCUCCACGCUUACCAUGAGCAACAUCGUCCCCGCCGACUUCCAGACCAUUUACAACUGCACGGCGUGGAACAGCUUUGGCUCCGACACGGAGAUCAUUCGUCUAAAGGAACAAGGGUCCCUGCGCUUGGCCGUCAUCAUCGGGGUUGCAGUGGGAGCCUUCCUGGCGCUCAUCGUCCUCAUGGGGACCCUGGGGGCCUUCUGCUGCGCUCGUCUCCAGAGGAAAGACAUGCACCUGGUAAUGUCCUCACUGCCCGUGUCGCUCACUGCCCGCCAGAGAGAACUCUCGAGCACAAUUAAAGCUGAAAAUCUCAAAGGGGUUGUUUCGGCGAAAAACGACAUUCGUGUGGAGAUCGUUCAUAAGGAUCACAACGCGGCCAGAGAGACCGAGGAGCACACAAACAUGAAGCAAAUGAUGAUGGAGCGUGGUGAGUUCCAACAGGAGUCGGUUCUGAAGCAGCUGGAGGUGCUUCAGGAAGAGGAGAAGGAGUUCCAGCACAUUAAGGACCCAACUAAUGGCUACUACAGUGUCAACACCUUCAAGGAGCACAGCACACCGGCCACCAGCCAAGCCACUGAGGUUCGCAACUCUGCCACCGCCACCCUGGGCAAGCAGCGAGUUCCCACUGGAAUGUCCUUCACCAACAUCUAUUCCACGCUGGGCCCCGGGCCCAACCACCGGCUCUACGACUACGGCGGGCGCUUCGUGUUGGGCAUGGGCAGCAGCUCCAUUGAGCUGUGUGAACGCGAGCUCCAGCGAGCGUCCCUCAGCGACUCCAGCUCCUUCCAGGACACGCAGUGCGACAGCAGCGUCAGCAGCUACAGCAGGCCGGACAACGGCUACGCACCCUUCGACAAGGCCAGCAAGGCCUCAGCCUCGGCCUCAGCCUCAUCCUCCUCGCAUCACUCGCAGUCGUCCUCGCAGAACUCGGACCUGACGCGGCCCCUGCAGAAGCGCAUGCAGACCCACGUGUGAGGGCCCGAGGGAACGGGAGGCGAGGGCCGGAGGGCAAACGCUGGACACGGCCAGGAACACGAGGAGAGUCAACGUGCCUCCGCAUGACUCCCGUUUGAGGAAUUACAUGCUCUUUGCGGGGAUGGUAAUGUACAUUUUCUGUCCAAAAGUAUCCAGACACCUGAUCGUCCAGCAUUUCUUCUUGUCUUUGGGAUUUUUACCCAUUUUUCUACCAAAUAAGUGCUUUUAUUUCUGACCUGCUAGCUAGAUCUAACCUUAUUGCAUGAUUACCACCAUCCCUGGAGGGUGAGGGCUUGCACAUGCUUUCUAUAGGAAUCUGCUGCUCGGCACAGCAUCAUAAUGUCCAACAUAAAUAGAGCAUUUGUCCCCCGUUUCAUGCAGCAACAACCUCUUAUCUCCUGGGAAGGCUUUAUACUAGAUGUUGUAACAGUGCUGUGAGGAUUUGAUGGAGCAAUAGCGAGGUCAGGUACUGAUGUUGGCUGAUUAGUUUUGGAUCACAAACAAUACAACUCAUCCCGAAGGUAUUCGAUGGAGCUCCAUCACUCCAGAAAGAAAAGAUUCCACUCUGGCCAGUGUUUUGGACAUAAAAACAAAAGGUGGACUGAAUAGAAGUUCUUCAAUUUGUGGAGGUUUUUCAAACUUAAACAGCUUCCUCACACCUUCACAAAGUUCUGGGGGGGGGGGGGGGGGCUUUUUGGUACCUUCAUUGUUAAGGACAGGUGCUCCCGAGCAUCCCCUUCUACUGUCCAUUCUUUCCCAUGGACAUUACACCCAUGUUGGCAGUGGGUGUGCCUUAAUAAGAUGAAGCCACUAAUUAGAAGAGAGAGGUGUCUGGAUACUUGGGGACAUAGCGUGUAAACGCCUCACAGGACAUGUACUUUUUAAAUAAGCAAUGUGUUUUGUAAGUUACCUGAGCCACCUGUUUCGUGUGGAGAGACUUUUUGCUGAAAGCUAGCGAGCGCUUACUUAAACAUUGUUCAUUGAACGUUUGUUCCAUGACAAUCAGGACUCCUUCAUCCUCACAGUUGCCAUUGACUCUGUCUGAUUUGAUGCACGAGCUUCAUUUCAGGACUUUUGUUUUUGAGAAACAGAACCACUUUCAGGGAGCCAGCAUUUGUCUGAAUCGAGAAAGGGGGGGGCCUUGAGGGUUGUUUCAAUUUUUCAUGAGGAGCUGAACUCCGGGGCCUCAUGAAACUCAGCUGUGAUUCAAAGCACAAAGGUGUCUGUGUAUAUCAGCCACAAGUUCUCCUGGACUGAAAAGAGAAAGUCCUAACCAGGACACAGGGACGAGCCUCUGGAGGACCUCUGAGGAUGCAGAGGCCUUGCAAACAAAAAAUCGGGCCAUGGCCUCGCCAGCGCUCCAUCCACAAAGAGAUUCUGUCCCUGUUUUCAAUGUUUUCACACUAUUGUAAAUUCUCCUCACUUUUUUUAGGUUUGCUUUUGCCAUUUCUUGAAAGUAACGCCAUCUGAAUGCAUCGUGUGCGAUCGUUUUAAUCCAGUUCUUGCAUGACGAAGCAGCAAAAAUGACGUAGAGGCGAUGAAGAAACCUCUUCGUGGCUUCUCAAACAUGGACGGUGUCAUGUUUACACGUUGGAGGAAAGAUUGUGGAUAUCCUACUUAAUGUGAGCUCUCUGAACAGACCUCAAAGCGCUUAACGAAACGAGUGUGUACAGUGAAUCCAAAUACUCUGUCGCUAAACGGCCUCUUUUUUUAUUUCAGCUUACGUCGUUUACACUCAAGCUUGUAAAUCCCGCAUCCCGUGCGAGUCUACUGUGAUUUUGUCUCCAGACGAUGGAGUGGUGGGACUUUUGUUUUAUUUUUUUCCUUCUUUUUGAUAGCUGCUUUCGUUCUGAGACUGAUGUAUGUUUAAGGCCACUGUUUUAAGUGAGCCCAUUCACAAGGCCUGACCGAACCACGUUAAAAAAAAAAAAUCAGUCGGAGUGUCAAGUGCCUCCUUUGGGCAGCUGGAGGGGGACAGUUGUGAGAAACUUCGUCAGUGCAUUAAAAGCAAUCAAAUUAAUCAAAUAACCAUGGUUACGAAAUAAAUGUUCAAUAAAGCAAACGUGUGGAAAAGGUUACGUGAUCACUAAA